AUGAGGUCACCGCAAAUAUGGCAAGAUCACUUUAAGUGUUAUUCGGGCGGCAAUUGUGUGGUAAAUAUGGAGACGAGAACAUUGUGUAAGAAAUGUCGUUUAGAUAAGUGUUUUGCCGUUGGAAUGCAAACUCGCUUCUUAGCUAAUAUGGGUCUCGAUUGGGAUUCCGAUACACUUAUCAUUGAUUUGUUAACGGGAAUCAUACUUUUCGAUCCGAGCCGUCCCAACCUUAUUAAUAAACCAAUGAUUAAAUUACAACAGAAUCUAUGUCAAACGAAAACAAUCCAUGUGCAAUUUGUGGAUACCGGGCUAAUGGCCGUCAUUUCGAUGCCAUCACAUGAUCGCUUUAAGUGCUAUUUAAACAAAAAUUGUGUGAUUAAUAUCGAGACGAGAAGUGAGUGUAAAAAAUGCCGUUUAGAUAAGUGUUUCGCCGUUGAAUUUAUUUUAUUCGCCAAAAGAACUACAAAUGAGAAGAGAUAUCAUUAA